AUGGCUAUUACAGGAAACUCCUCCAAGCUUCUCUCCACUCUCCUUGAUGAGCUAAACAAGCAGUUCAAAAUGAAAGAUCUUGGCAGGCUUCACUACUUUCUUGUUAUUCAGAUUCAGUAUCACGAAAAUGGCAUGUUCUUAUCACAACAAAAGUAUGUUGAGGAUCUCUUAGCUGCUACUUCUAUGUCUACAUGUGCUCCUGUUGCAACACCACUUCCUCAACAACUGAACAAAGUACCAAAACAAAAGGUUUUGUUCGAAAAUCCUAAAUAUUUCAGAAGUUUGGCUGGUCGUCUGCAGUAUUUGACGCUAACAAGACCAGACCUGCAAUUUUCUGUCAACUAUGUCUGUGAGAAGAUGCAUGAACCUUCAGUCUCUGAUUUUCAUCUACGGUACAUAAAAGGCACCACUACUAUGGGAGUCUCCUUUGCUCGCCAAACAGAUUCUAAGCUUCGAGUGUAUAGUGACAGUGACUACUCAGGGUGUCCGUCCACUAGCAGGUCCACUGGCGGCUUUUGCACAUUUCUUGCCCGUAAUAUGAUCUCUUGGUCGUCAAAGAAACAGCAAACAAUGUCCAAAAGCUCCACUGAAGCUGAAUACAGAGCCAUGUCUGAAGCAGCAUCCGAAAUCACAUGGAUCGUGAAUCUUCUUCAGGACUUAGGCAUCCAGCUACCUGCAACACCGGAGCUCAACUGUGAUAACCUCUCUGCUGUUUAUCUCACCGCCAAUCCAAGCUUUCAUGCUCGAACUAAGCACUUCGUCACACACUAUCACUAUGUUCGUGAGCAGGUCGCCUUUGGAAACUUGAUUGUCAAUCACAUUCCUGCACACUUUCAACUGGCGGACAUAUUCACCAAAUCUCUCCCACAAAGACCAUUUGAGUAUUAUAGAGCCAAACUUGGCGUAGGCAUUCCCCCCACACCAAGUUUGCGGGGGAGUGUAAAGAACAGAGCACAAAACGACACUGUUUUGUCAACAGGCUCACAUUGUGUCAAGCCCAUCAAGCUCAAAGCCUGCGAACAAGAUACAAAGAAGAAGCCCACAACUCUGCAACGGUCACCUGCAACAGACAACAAGGCGUUAGCAAAGGAAACCGUACAAAGUACGACAGUGACUCUACACAAUCGAUUCAAGAUGUUGGGACCAGUUGAUGAAGAAGAAGCCACGUAA